AUGUCGCAGCAUCCUCUGUUUCAGAUCCAUCCAGCCUGGGUGCACUUGGAGAAGCAGACAGUGCUGCUGAAGGUCUUCAGCCCUCCCUGGGUGCUGGCACUGGGGUCCUUCCUGCUGCUGGAGGAGGGGCAAGUGAAGGAGCUGGUGAUGGAGGGUCUGCAGGACAGUCCCAGGCUCCUACUGGAAUGGGACCAGCUGGUUCAGAAAGCCUUGAUGGAAAAACGGGAGAGAGGAAAUUCUGCAGAGGGGGUGUCUGCCAGCCCUGGGCUUUCGGCACUUCCAGCUGUGCCCCUCUAUGGGUAUGGAGCAAGGGAAAAUGAUCAGGAGUACGUGGAAAGGAGAGUGGAUUUUAAUUCUCCACUUUUCAAGCCCGAGACUGGAUUCCCAUUUGGGAAAACCCUGCGCAGCUCUCUCUACUUCACAGACAAUGGACAGAUCAUUUUCCCAGCCUCAGACAACAACAUCCUCACGUACCCCAACCCUCCUCCCAGUGGCUUCAAUGGCCACGAAGAGGUCCCCAUGAUUGCUGUAUUCUGGGACAACGCUGACUUCUCCAGAGGUGUUGGCACCACCUUUUACCAGGAGUUCUCCACCCUCAACACGGCCAAGCCUCCAUUUGUCCGUGACGUGGAAGCGAAGGUCCGGCGGUACCUGAGGUCCUCCUACUCUGCAGCCUGGACCCUGAAAAUCACCUGGGAGAAGGCACCUGUCUACACAGCACGGACUGACACCCGGAAGACUAUCACGUACCAGGCUGUCCUGACCACUGAUGGCUUCAGGUCCUACAUCCUGAUGCUGUUCGAGGAUGGAGGCAUGCAGUGGGAUUACACCAGGCUCCCUUCCACCAAUGUGCUCAUCGGCUACACCAGUGGAGAUGGCUUUUACCACAACGAUGACCUGACUAAGAGACCUCCAGCUGCUAAAUAUCGCCCUGACCAGUUCAGGGGCUACAACACAGACCUCCGUGGGUUGUGGAUUUACAAGCUGGAGAGCCGCGUGGGCAACAACUACCGGCUGAAGUGCCUGGCGUGGACGGGGCAGCAGCAGGAGCCCCGGGCAUGGAGCCAGGGCCUGCCCACCUGCCCCUGCUCCCUGCAGCAAGGGCAGCAGGACCCACGCUUCAAGAGCAGCCGUGGAGGCAAGUGGGGUGCUCGUGUCUCCAUGCUGCACUCGGCCUCCCCCAACCAGCACGGCGCCGGCGUCCGCUGCCUGUACGACAGCCGGAGCCAGCUCAUCGAGGGGCGGCAGGAGAGGUACUGGAGGUCCUCCAGGCAGGCGUCACCCUACCGUGACCAGGAGCUGAAGCUGUAUGACUGGUGCUGUAACCGGGCGGGCAGUGCCCACCUCUGCGCCCGCUACAGUGAGAAGAGGCCGAAGAUUGGCUGUGAUGGAUACCAGUCACCCAGCAUGGAUUCCUUGGAGGAGGCAGAGAAUGACUCAGAUGAGCAGAUAGAUGGAGAGGACAAGUAACUGGGAGGUUGCACACCUGCAGCACGUUCUGGGCCAUGGCUGAUCCUCCAAGCCCUUUGAUCUGCUCUUCCCUCGUGUUCCCCCAUCACCCCUGCCCACCACGCAGGGCAGCUCACUUGGCCAGUGCCUGCAGUUGCCUGCCCCGGCACAAGUUCACAUUUCUAACCCAGACUUGUCCCAAGGAUUCAGUUGCUUUAGUUUCCUUUCCCAGAUGCACCUGGGGGCAGAACUGGCGGGGAGGUGGGCAGGUACCCCCUAUUGCACACACCACCCUUGUCCUUCCCACUUCCCACUGUGCUCCAUGCUGCAGGGUCAGGCUGGGCCCCUGGCACCCAGGGAAAGGGUUAAACACCAUGCAUGGCUUGACUGUGGCCAAGCCCUUAAAUACCAGGCUUGUCCUGUGAGCCUGUCCUCUCUUGUCCCUAACUUCUGUUUCCCAGCCAUCCCUCCCUGAGUGGUCCCUGGGCCCUGUGCUCAGGAGAAGGGACAAUUCUCCAGAUCAAGCCAGCAUCAGAUCAAUACGUCUGCUGGGUGUGUGAGGGCAAAAUGCAACCCCAUGAUCAGAAAUGUUGGAAGAGAAAUAAUUUUUUGUGUG